AAUAAGUAAUACUUUUUUAAAGAAAAAAAGUGCGGGUUUACAGAGUGGAAGAGGCGGUGGUGAUUGAUGAUCGAGGAGGCGGUGAGCGCGGCAGUGGCGGCGGUGUUUGAAACGAAAGGCAAAAAUGGACGCGGUAGAUACAGUGGCGAACAAGUCAGAGGAUACAAUAGUUUGCUAUGCACCAACCAUGAUAACUACGAAUGGUGUAUGGCAAGGCGACAACCCUUUGGAUUAUUCGCUUCCUCUCUUCAUCUUGCAGUUGACGCUGGUCGUUGUCUCCACUCGCACCCUUGUCUUCAUCCUCAAACCCCUUCGCCAACCACGAGUGAUUUCUGAGAUUCUUGGAGGAAUAUUAUUAGGUCCAUCUGUGCUAGGACGGAGCCAAGGAUUUGCCAACACAUUAUUUCCCUUGAGGAGUGUGAUGGUGCUUGAAACGAUGGCAAAUGUUGGUCUUCUUUACUUCCUCUUCCUAGUUGGUGUAGAGAUGGACCUUUCAGUGAUUCGUCGGACGGGCAAAAAGGCUCUGGCCAUUGCUGUUUCCGGUAUGGUCUUGCCCUUCUUAAUUGGCGCUUGUUUCACAUUCAUUCUCCGCGAUCAGGAUUCAGAAGCCCUGGGUCAAGGCACGUUCAUCCUCUUCCUUGGUGUUGCUCUCUCGGUCACAGCAUUUCCAGUGCUUGCUCGAAUCCUUGCAGAUCUGAAACUCAUUAAUUCAGAACUUGGCAGAAUGGCCAUGUCUUCUGCUCUUAUCAAUGACAUGUGCGCUUGGGUUCUCUUGGCUAUAGCCAUUGCCUUGGCAGAGAAUGACUCUUCCUCCUUAGCUUCAUUCUGGGUGAUUCUUUCCAGUGUAGCUUUUGUCGUUUUCUGCAUUUUUGUUGUCAGGCCAGCAAUUACAUGGAUAAUUCGCAGAACCCCUGAAGGAGAAUCCUUCAGCGAGUUUUAUAUAUGUCUCAUUCUGACUGGGGUUAUGAUCUCGGGAUUCAUUACAGAUGCCAUUGGGACACAUUCUGUAUUUGGAGCUUUUGUUUUUGGUCUGAUUAUUCCCAAUGGACCCCUUGGAGUUACUCUUAUAGAAAAGCUGGAGGACUUUGUAUCAGGGCUUCUACUCCCUCUCUUCUUUGCUAUUAGCGGUCUCAAGACUGACAUAGCUGCUAUCAAAGGAGGUCGAACCUGGGGAGUCUUAGCCUUCGUUAUCUUCCUUUCCUGUGCUGGCAAGAUAGCAGGAACUCUUCUUGUCACAACCUUCUACCAGAUGCCCCUUAGUGAAGGAUUUACACUUGGCUUACUCAUGAACACCAAAGGCCUCAUUGAAAUGAUUGUUCUCAACGUUGGCAAAGAUCAGAAGGUCCUAGAUGACGAGUCGUUUGCGAUCAUGGUAGUUGUAGCGGUGGUUAUGACUGGGAUCAUCUCACCCAUUGUGGCAACCAUUUACAGGCCAUCAAGGAGGUUUGUACCGUACAAACGUCGAACGAUUCAAAAAUCAAAACCAGAUGGAGAGCUACGAAUGCUAGUGUGCAUCCACACCCCUCGUAAUGUCCCAACAAUGAUCAACCUGCUUGAAGCCUCUCAUCCCACCAAAAAAUCUCCAAUAUGCAUUUAUGUACUCCAUCUUGUUGAACUCACUGGCCGUGCAUCUGCCAUGCUCAUUGUCCACAAUACCCGCAAAUCUGGUCGCCCGGCCUUAAACAGAACUCAAGCUCAAUCCGACCACAUAAUCAAUGCCUUUGAAAAUUUCGAGCAACAUGCAGGCUGUGUCUCCGUUCAGCCCCUCACAGCCAUUUCCCCUUACUCCUCCAUGCAUGAAGAUAUUUGUAGCUUGGCUGAGGACAAACGUGUUGCCCUCGUAAUCAUCCCUUUCCAUAAGCAACAAACAGUUGACGGAGGGAUGGAAGCUACAAACCCAGCAUUUCGAAUGGUUAACCAGAAUUUACUUGCAAAUGCACCUUGCUCCGUGGGAAUUCUAGUCGACAGAGGCCUAAGUGGGUCAUCGCGCUUGGCAGCAAACGAAAUGUCUCACCGUAUAGCUGUGCUAUUUUUGGGGGGACCAGAUGACAGGGAAGCACUUGCAUAUGCAUGGAGAAUGAGUGAACAUCCAGGGACUAGACUUACUGUGCUACGAUUUGUUCCAGGUGAGGAUGCAGUUGAGUCUACAAUGCAGCCUACUAGUGAUCAAAAUGACCCAAGGAUAUUAACAGUGGAAACAGACAACAGUAAGGAAAAGCAGCUCGAUGACGAAUGUAUAAAUGAUUUCAGGAUCAAGAUUGCAAAUGAUGAGUCCGUUACAUACACUGAGAAAGUGGUCAACAAUGGAGAGGAAACGGUUGCAGCAAUAAGGACAUUAGACAGCAGCCACGACUUGUUCAUCGUUGGGAGAGGACAAGGAAUGAUGUCGCCACUCACAACUGGACUUACUGACUGGAGUGAGUGUCCAGAGCUUGGCGCAAUUGGAGAUAUUUUAGCUUCUUCAGAUUUUGCAUCAACAGUCUCUGUGCUGGUGAUCCAACAGUAUGUCGGUGUAUUGCCUCUUGAAUCAAUCGGAACACCAGACAGCCCACUUCAGGCGGAUGACGACCCUAUGAACCGGCCAGCUCCACCAAGGGGACCGGCUGUUUUUGACUAGUAAAAAUAAACAACGGUGGUGGUGCCACUGAAGAACACUGAUCUGACUAUAAGAAAACGAACUCAAACCACAACACAUGCUAUUACCGCCCUUAAUUUUUUUUUCACUUUCUUUCCACCACUAUCUAGAAUUCUGGUUACAGGUUUCAUUCAUUUUGUCCAUGUACAUUAGAAAUAGAAAUACGUGGCUGACAAUUCAAAUACACUCUUUUAGUUAA